GCUCCGCUGGGCUCGGGGCAGGCGGACAGGGAACAAACAGACGCUGCCGAGCCGGGAGAUACGGCGGCCGCUGGCGACUCGGGGCAUCCUCCCUCCCUCCUUCUCCCCGCCCCUUCCCCGCCCUUCCCCCGUUCUCUUUCUCUCCUUCCCCGCUGUCCUCCGGGGCCGAUCGCUAUCGGCUGCGCGAUCCCGGGGCGUUUCCGCGGCGCCCGUACCGGCGGCGGCCGAAGGGGAGAAGCGGCUCCUCCCUUCCCCAGGCAGGACUGAGGGACCCUCUGCUUCGUCCCCGCCUCCCUCCCUCGCCGGGGCUCGGCGGAGAGGGCCCGGCCCCGGCUCGGCUCCCCGGCGGCGGGCUCGGCGAGGAUGUCGGGUGGCGGCGGCGGCAGCCGGGAGGAGGAGCGGCGCAAACUCGCCGACAUCAUCAACCACUGGAACGCGAACCGGCUGGACCUGUUCGAGAUCAGCGACCCUACGGAGGAUCUGGAGUUUCAUGGAGUAAUGAGAUUCUACUUCCAAGACAAAGCAGCUGGGAAUUUUGCAACCAAAUGUAUCCGUGUCUCCAGCACUGCCACAACUCAAGAUGUGAUAGAAACUCUUGCAGAGAAGUUUCGACCUGACAUGAGGAUGUUGUCAUCCCCCAAAUACUCACUUUAUGAGGUGCAUGUCAGUGGAGAAAGAAGAUUAGAUGUUGAUGAGAAGCCUCUUGUUGUGCAAUUAAACUGGAACAAAGAUGAUCGAGAGGGGAGAUUUGUUCUCAAGAAUGAAAAUGAUACAGUUCCUCCAAAGAAGGCUCAGAGCAAUGGCCCUGAAAAACAAGAAAAAGAAGGAGUCAUUCAGAAUUUCAAAAGAACUCUCUCAAAAAAAGAGAAAAAAGAAAAAAAGAGGCGUGAGAAGGAGGCUCUGCGACAAGCAUCAGAUAAAGAUGAGAGACUUCUUCAUGGGGAUGAUAUUGAGAACUCUCGCCUGGCAGCUGAGGUUUACAAGGACAUGCCAGAGACCAGCUUCACCCGCACCAUAUCCAACCCUGAGGUGGUCAUGAAAAGGAGGAGACAGCAGAAGCUGGAGAAGAGGAUGCAGGAGUUCCGCAGUUCUGAUGGCAGACCAGACUCAGGUGGGACACUGAGAAUUUAUGCAGACAGCUUAAAACCAAAUAUCCCAUACAAGACAAUCCUCCUGUCCACUACGGAUACUGCUGACUUUGCAGUUAUUGAAGCUCUGGAAAAAUAUGGUCUGGAGAAGGAAAAUCCCAAGGAUUAUUGUAUUGCUCGUGUCGUGCUGCCUCCUGGUGCUCAGCACUCUGAUGAUAAAGGUGCUAAAGAAACUAUUCUUGAUGAUGAUGAGUGCCCACUGCAGAUAUUCAGAGAGUGGCCUACUGAUAAAGGAAUACUGGUUUUUCAGUUGAAAAGGAGGCCUCCUGAUUAUAUCCCAAAGAAAUCCAAGAAAAUAAUGGAUGGAAAGCCCUUAAAGGGGAAGGAAAGAGUUGACGGGUCUGGCUAUGGCUCUUGCCUUCCUCCUGAGAAACUACCAUACCUGGUAGAAUUAAGCCCAGGGAGAAGGAAUCACUUUGCCUACUACAACUAUCACGCUUACGAAGAUGGCUCUGACUCCAGAGAUAAACCAAAGCUCUAUCGUCUGCAGUUAAGUGUCACUGAAGUUGGGACUGAAAAAUUUGAUGACAAUUCCAUUCAGUUAUUUGGUCCAGGAAUUCAACCUCAUCAUUGUGACCUCACAAAUAUGGAUGGAGUUGUGACUGUAACCCCCAGAAGCAUGGAUGCUGAAACUUAUGUGGAAGGGCAGCGUAUCUCUGAAACCACCAUGCUGCAGAGUGGGAUGAAGGUCCAGUUUGGGUCAUCUCAUGUAUUUAAGUUUGUGGAUCCCACUCAGGACCAUAUUAUUCCUAAAAGACCUAUUGAUUCCAGCCUUAUGGUCAAGGGUCCAAGGCACAAAACUGGAGCUGUUCAGGAAACCACGUUUGAUCUGGAGGGAGAUGUUCACAGUGGAACAGCACUGCCAGCAAGCAAGAGCACCAGCAGGCUGGAUGGGGACAGGACAUCAUCAGCAUCCAGCACAACUGAACGAGGAAUGGUGAAGCCCAUGAUUAGGAUAGAGCAGCAGGAUUACCGCAGACAGGACAGCAGACCUCAGGAUACCCACGGACCAGAGCUGAUACUACCUGCCAGUAUUGAAUUCAGGGAAAGCUCUGAAGAUGCCUUUUUAUCUGCCAUUAUAAACUACACAAAUAGCUCAACAGUUCACUUCAAGCUGUCCCCUACCUACGUUCUGUACAUGACCUGUCGGUAUGUAUUGUCGAGCCAGUACAGACCUGACAUCACCCCCACUGAACGUACUCACAAAGUCAUUGCAAUAGUCAACAAGAUGGUGAACAUGAUGGAAGGAGUCAUACAGAAACAGAAGAACAUUGCUGGGGCACUUGCCUUCUGGAUGGCAAAUGCAUCCGAGUUACUGAAUUUCAUAAAGCAAGACAGAGACCUCAGCAGGAUCACUGUGGAUGCACAAGAUGUUUUGGCACACUUGGUUCAAAUGGCAUUCAAGUACCUGGUUCAUUGUCUGCAAUCUGAGCUUAAUAACUACAUGCCAGCAUUCCUGGAUGAUCCAGAGGAAAAUAAUCCUCAGAGGCCUAAAAUAGAUGAUGUGCUGCAUACCCUGACUGGGGCCAUGUCCCUGUUGAGAAGAUGUAGGGUGAAUGCUGCCCUGACCAUCCAGCUCUUCUCCCAGCUCUUCCACUUUAUCAACAUGUGGCUCUUUAACAGAUUAGUGACUGCUCCAGAUUCAGGGCUCUGUUCCCAUUACUGGGGAGCUAUUGUCAGGCAGCAGCUGGGCCACAUUGAAGCCUGGGCAGAAAAACAAGGGUUGGAAUUGGCUGCUGAUUGCCACCUCAGCAGAAUAGUGCAGGCAACCACAUUGCUUACCAUGGACAAAUACUCACAUGCAGAUGUUCCAAAUAUUAACAGUACUUGUUUCAAGCUGAAUUCUCUGCAGCUCCAAGCUUUGUUGCAGAACUAUCACUGUGCUCCUGAUGAACCCCUCAUCCCCACCGAACUGAUAGAGAAUGUAGUGACUGUUGCAGAAAACACAGCUGAUGAACUGGCUCGCAGUGAUGGCCGGGAGGUCCAGCUGGAAGAAGAUCCUGACUUACAGCUGCCUUUUCUUCUACCAGAAGAUGGUUAUUCCUGUGAUGUGGUCAGAAAUGUGCCAAGUGGUUUACAAGAAUUUUUAGACCCACUCUGUCAGAGAGGUUUUUGUAGGCUGACACCUCACUCCAGGUCACCAGGCACGUGGACAAUAUACUUUGAAGGUGCAGACUAUGAAAGUCACCUCUCACAUGAAAAUGCUGAGCUAGCUCAGCCUUUGAGGAAAGAACCUGAAAUUAUCACUGUAACACUAAAGAAACAAAAUGGAAUGGGCCUGAGCAUUGUUGCUGCCAAGGGUGCUGGUCAAGACAAACUUGGAAUAUAUGUCAAGUCUGUUGUGAAAGGAGGUGCUGCAGAUGUGGAUGGUCGUCUGGCUGCAGGGGAUCAGCUGCUCAGUGUGGAUGGACGAAGCUUGGUGGGGCUGUCCCAGGAAAGGGCAGCAGAACUUAUGACUAGGACAGGUUCUGUAGUAACACUGGAAGUAGCAAAACAAGGAGCAAUUUACCAUGGUCUGGCAACCCUGCUUAAUCAGCCAUCCCCAAUGAUGCAAAGAGUUUCUGACCGCCGUGGCUCAGGUAAACCUCGACCAAAGAGUGAAGGUUUUGAGCUGUAUAAUAAUUCCACCCAAAAUGGGUCACCUGAGAGCCCUCAGCUGCCCUGGACGGAGUACAGUGAACCAAAGAAGCUGCCAGGGGAUGAGAGAUUAAUGAAGAACAGAGCUGAUCAUCGUUCCAGCCCCAAUGUAGCAAAUCAGCCUCCAAGUCCUGGGGGAAAGAAUGCUUAUGCAUCUGGAACUACCACCAAAAUAACCUCAGUCUCUACUGGAAAUCUUUGUACAGAGGAGCAGACUCUGCCCCCACGGCCUGAAGCUUAUCCCAUCCCAACCCAGACCUACACCAGGGAGUAUUUCACAUUCCCAGCUUCCAAGUCCCAGGAUCGAAUGGGGCCAGCUCAGAGUCAGUGGCCAAACUAUGAGGAAAAACCCCAGGUCCAAGCAGAAAGCAAUCACUCAAUCAAUACCACCAUGCAGCGUGUGGCUCGUUCCCAGGAAGAACUCCGAGAUAAAGUUUUCCAGCCAGAGAGGAACCGUUUGGAAGUUGUUAUACGGAAGGAUGUCGAGUACAUCGAUCGGAAGUCGGACAGCGAGCAGUGGAUGAACUCAUCCGUGGAUUCUAGCACAUCUAGCCAAGAACACCUGAACCACUCAUCCAAACCCGUCUCUCCUGGUUCUUGUUUAACUAAAAGUGGACCUGGCCGGUGGAAAACUCCAGCCAGUAGCCAGCCAACUCCAGUGGCCAUCUCCCAGCCCAUCCGAACGGAUCUUCCCCCUCCGCCGCCGCCUCCCCCGGUGCAUUAUGCAGCUGAGUUUGAUGAGCUACAAAUGGAUUUGCCUCUGCCUCCCCCUCCUCCUCCAAACCAGGCAGGAGCCCAAGCAUCUUCUCAGGUGGCUGCUGCUGAGCGUAAGAAAAGAGAAGAGCAUCAGAGGUGGUAUGAGAAGGAAAAGGCGCGUCUGGAGGAAGAACGAGAGAGGAAACGCCGUGAGCAGGAGAGAAAACUGGGCCAGAUGCGUUCCCAGCCACUGCUCCCUCCUCAGCCUGUUGUUCCCCCUGUUUCCCUUCAGCAAGUGAAGUCAGAAAAACCUUCCACUCUGCAGAGGCCUCAGGAAACUGUCAUUCGAGAGCUGCAGCCCCAGCAGCAGCCUCGGACUAUUGAGCGGAGGGACCUGCAGUACAUUACUAUCAGCAAGGAAGAGCUGUCCUCUAGUGACAGCCUCUCCCCAGAUCCCUGGAAAAGGGAUGCUAAGGAGAAACUGGAGAAGCAGCAACAAAUGCACAUCGUGGACAUGCUGAGUAAAGAGAUUCAGGAGCUCCAGAACAAACCUGAUCGUACAGCAGAGGAGAACGACCGCCUGCGGAAACUGAUGCUGGAGUGGCAGUUCCAGAAGAGGCUUCAGGAGUCGAAGCAGAAGGAUGAAGAUGAUGAUGAAGAGGAGGAUGAUGAUGUGGAUACCAUGCUCAUCAUGCAGCGACUGGAGGCAGAAAGAAGAGCAAGGUUGCAGGAUGAAGAACGCCGGCGGCAGCAGCAGUUGGAAGAGAUGAGGAAACGGGAAGCGGAGGACAGAGCCAGGCAGGAGGAAGAGCGCCGGCAGCAAGAGGAGGAGCGGAGCAGGAGAGAGGCUGAAGAAAAGAGGAGGCAGGAAGAGGAGUAUUACAGUCGCCUGGAGGCUGAGAGGCGCAGGCAGCACGAUGAAGCAGAGAGGAGAUUGCUGGAGCCUGAGGAGCCUGGUCUGUACAGACCUCCACUUCCACGGGAAUAUGAACUCCCAUCCCCAACCCUGCAUCUAACGCUCCUCCUCCCCACCUCAGCGAACACCUCUUACCUCAAAACACAGGUCCUCUCCCCUGACACGAUUUAUACUGCCAAGUUUGUUGCAUACAAUGAUGAUGAUGAGGAGGAGGAGGAUUCCAAUCUAGCAGGAAUAAACUCAUACACUGGAUCAACAGGAGCAGCUGUUGGGGCCCAUGAAGUUUAUCGGGAUCCAAGAGACAAAAGAUCUAAAAGUCAAGAUACAGAUCUACCUGGAGCACCAGAAAACUUGACGUUCAGGGAACGCCAACGACUUUUUUCCCAGGGUCAGGAUGUGUCCAAUAAAGUAAAAGCUUCCAGGAAAUUAAUGGAACUGGAAAACGAGUUGAACACAAAAUAAGAUUUAAAGCACCUUAUCAGAUGUAACAGAAGAUCUCUAACCUUGAGGGACUGAGAUGGGGGGCACACUACUAAUGAACAGAAAAUGAAUGUUUUCUGAAAGGAGCAACUUUGAUUCCUCUCUGUCUGAGACUGUUAACUGAGAUUUAGAGAUGUUGCAAUAGCAAGAAAACUGAUUGCUUUGCCAGGAGCUUGUGGCUUAUCCAAUGAAAGCACUGUAAAAUUUUAAAGAUAUGAAUCACGUGAAGGUAACUUUUUUUUUUUUUCUUUCUUUCUGUUUUGGGGUUUAAGUUCUUGUGCACCAGACUAAGUAGCACUUGUCAAAGAUAAGUUCUGUUUCCUGGUGUUUUACAGACACACUUUUGUUUUAGCUGCUGAGCAGAGAGAGUGAGAAUAGCUUGAACUGCCUCAACUGUGCACUAGAAAUUGGUAUUUUGGGUUGUUUAGGCCCAAUAUCUGGGUCACUUUAAAUAAGACUUUAUAUGAUAGUUUGAUAUACUGUGUGGUGUUCAGACAAUGGUCAGCAUAUCAAUACAGACCUUACUGUGACUUAGAAUAACUGGAAUUACACAUUCUGUAGCUAGAACCUGGGAAUAAAAACCUUGCUAGUCCUGUGCAUUUGUUGGGUCUGAAAUGGUUGCAUAAGGAUUGAUCUGUAGGUAUGGAAAGGUCUGUGUGGUGAUGCAUCCCCACUCCAGGUGCUUCAGACUUUCAGAAAUGUGGAGAUGAAACCUUUGGGUGAUGGUUUUGUUAAAAACUACAUGAGCAAUAGAUAGGAGGCUGUACCAGUGGCCCUCCAUCAGUUGGGACCAAAAGGUUGCCACGUGGCAAGGCAGCAGAGCAGAUGUGGAUGUUUACUGAGAAAAGUAGUUGUUAGGCAUGGAAAAAUAUUGAUAAUUCUGCCAUCAUCAGCUCAGCAGUAUCAUUUUGUGGGUGUUUUUUUUCCUAUGGAGAAGUAAACUGAUGUAUUAGAGAAAAAAGCCUAUAUGGAGAGAAAAAGUCUGAAGCAUCAGAUCCAGUAGUGCUGGCUGGGAGUGGGAAUGUUUGGGAGGUGGUUGACUGUGGGCAGUGAACCAUCCCUGCUCCUGGCUGGUCUUACUGACAUCCUCUUACUCUUGUACCCAAAAGUUUUUUGGCAGUUCAAGCUAUUUUUUCACACUGUAAUAGCCUUAUUUAAUUUUAAAUUGUUAAUCUUUUUUUUUUUUUUUUCCUCCCACUAUUCCUUCAGCUACGUCUGUGUGGCUGGUGAUGGUGGGAAUAAGGACCUCAUCAGAGUUUUUCUCAUUGUGUGAUGUUAAGACAAUAUAUAUUGUGAUUCCAAACAAAUUUUCUAUUUGACAAAGCCCUUUACUGGCUUUAGAUGAUUUUUUUUUUCCUGUAUCAUAUUGUUCUCUUAUAAAUAUAUAUUUAGGGACUUGUGCACACUUCCAAAUACAAAGGGGUAGACUUUCACUGCCUUAGGAAAGAAAUCACUUUUAAUAAGAGUUGUAUGAUAAAUAAAUGCAAGUUGAUGAAAAUUGGAGUGUAAAUAUUUUUUACAUAUUUCAGGUUUCUUAUUUGAAAGUGUGCUUUUACCCUUUCACCUGUUCUGUAUGAAGUAGAAGAUGAAACUGCUUCAAAGUGUUAAUGAAGGAUCUGCAUGCUUGCUGUGUCUGUUCAUCAGGAAAAGCAAGCCUCUCCCAAUUUAUCUUGAGGACACUAGCAGCCUGACAGUGCAAAUUUUUCUUAAAGGAAAAACAAAUAAAAAAACAACUUAGGCUGUGGCUGAAUUACUGUUGCUGCUAGAAUCUGAAAAAAAAAAAAAAAAAGCAAAAAAAAAAAAAGCUUAGCAAAAAGAAAAAUAAUUCCAGUAACCUUCAGUGGAGUGGAUUUGGCCGCUAUUGGGCAUUCGGGUCAAGUGUGAAUAUGUGUAAAAGUGCUUUUCAUAUUUGUCUGUGCAUUAUGAUGAAAAACAUCAAAACUGCUGUAGUUUCCCAUUUCUACUGUAUUUCACUUGCAACCUAUUUUUAAUAAAGUUUGUAUUGUAUUUAACUUUG